AUGAUUGAUAUCAACCCCGCCGCAAUCGAGCGCCUCUGUCCGACCCGGCCGCGGCGGCGGUCGGCACGGCUCGUGAACCUAGCAAGCGUCGAGUCUCAGCUCCUCCCAGCACGCUAUCAGAUUCCUCCUCCACAGGAUCCCGCAAACGAGCUUGAACAGCUUCUCGUCGGCAUUAUGGCGGAACGUAUUCAUCGCUUCGUCUCCGUUUCUUACGGCACCGUCGAGAAUGCGAUUGUCGCCAAGGCCGAAUCACUCAUCUUCAGCAUGGGAACGUCUGUCGAUUCGCCAACCGGCAACAUCCUCGAGUUUCUCCCCAGCUACCGCAUCAACGAGUGGAUGCUGGACGUCGGCGUCGCCACUCUCAUCGAUGAGCUGGAGGAAGCUGGCAUUCCCCGCGACCCACGCAUCUUUGAUCCCGUAUCCGAUGUCGUCAAGCUUAUGCUGCUCGAGAAUGCCGACAGAAUAGAGCAACUUCUCCGCAAGAGGACGAUGAAGCUUCUUCAGAAGCUGAACCGCUCCCGCCACAUCUCUGGUCACACCCUGCUGCCUGUACCCACGGUUGAGCGUGACCCCAACCCCGACUGGCCUAAACUCUCCUCGCUUGAGAUGAUCAAGCGCCUGUCGACUCCCUGGCUCGAGGUCUGGCUCACGUUCUACAUGGACGACCAGUGGCAGUACUUCCCGAUGAAACGCGAUUCUGAAUUGCCACCCAGGCACCCAAAACUUCUAACUCUGUUGUUCCGUUCGCGAUCGCGGGUUUGCAACGUCAGUCCAUCUCCGCCCUCGAUCAAAGGAGAGGGCAACUCAUCCACCCGUAACCCGUCUUUCGACUGUAUGCUGAUUUUGCCUCGUCGGAUACCGAAACUUGUUACGAUGGUACGGCCAAGAAGACACGACGGGCCUGGCGGCUUUAGAAACGGACCUCCUAGCGGUAAUGGAGGCUACGGCGCACCUGGUUACGACCCGCGCUACGAGCAUCCAUACAGCACACGUAGCGGUGGAUACCGUGAUGGACCUCGCCCCUUCGACAAUUACGACAGCUACCGCCCUGGCCCUCCUCCCCCUCGCUUCGACGACCGGUUUUACGCGCGUCCCCCGCCGCCGCCGAGAGACUUCCGUGGCCCUCCUGGUCCACGAUUUUACUCGGACGGUCCGCGUGGUCCGCCCCCACCAAGAGACAACUGGGGGCCGCGUGACGGACCCCGCUCCGAUGCAAUCCCUCCCUGGGAGCUGAGGCAGCGCAGGCAAGAGGAUGCUGGCAACGGUAACGGCGGUGCUCGUCGGCCACCACCUGCGCUCUUCGCCAAUCGGGCACCCGCUCCCGCGCCCCUCGCUCCUGCAGGAGGACGCCGUGGUACCUCACCUCCGCGUGCGCCGAGGUCACCUCGCGUUCCCGUAAUCCUCCCGCCCGACGAUUACGUUGGCUUCUCGUCUGAGCAGGAUGUGUACAGCGACCAUGUCGAGCCGAAGCUGCUCGUCCUCGAUCUCAACGGAGCGCUCGUCUAUCGCGCUUCCUCCGGACCAGCUAAGCAGAGACGCGCCUACCCUCGACCAUUCCUGCACAACUUCCUCGAAUAUCUCUUCGGACCCGAUGCUGAUGGCCGCGCGUGGGAAGUCUUCGUCUGGAGCUCCGCUCAACCCCACAAUGUCCGCAAGAUGGUCGAGACGACCUUCGGUCCGGUCUAUUCGCGCGGUAUCUGGGACCAGCCUGAGCCCAAGAAGGACAAGUCACACGGCGAGAGCGAGAAGCAGGAAGAACAGAUGGACAGUAACUCAGCGCCGCUCAGUGAGCAGAGCCACCUGCUCGGCGUUUGGGCUCGCGACAAGAUGUCCCUUGGCGACAACUACUUCAAGAAGGUUCAGACGCAAAAGGACCUGCGUAAGGUCAUCGAACAUUUAGGCAAGUUCGACGAGAAGCGUGUCGUGCUUCUUGAUGACUCGCCAUUGAAGGGUGUCUACCAGCCGUGGUCGCAGAUCGUCAUUACCGAGUACGACAAGCCGGAGUUCCAAGACUCGAAAGACGCCAUAAUGAGGCUGGCCGAGCGCACUGCCAAGUCUCUGAAGGUAUCCGAGACGGAACCUGAGGUCGAGGCUGCUGAAGCGAAGGAGGCCACGCCCGCUCAGGAGUCCUCCACGGCCUCUGCUGUCGACCCGACCCACGAGCCGGGGCUCGACACCACGUUACUCGCCGUCAUCGGUAUCCUGGAGUCGAUGCGGAACGUGAAGAACGUCCCCGCCUUCGUUCGUGGCGGAGGUAUUCUCACCCCCUCUGCUGAGCUCGCGAUCGAGUCCUCGGAGGUGUCGGCUUCCACGCUCCCAUCGCACGCUACGUUCGCCCACUGGUUCUCGAACGCUGAGACGCUCGAAUAUUGGACACAGAAGGGACGAGCGGCCCUGGAGCGCCGCGGCAUUCCUCUGGAGCACGGGAUGCGGUUCUCGGCGUCGGGUGAGUUCUACCCGCUUGGAGAGGACGCGCCUCUGAACGAGGAACAGGAGAAGGGCGGACCGAAGGACAGCGGAAAGGGAAAGCUCCUGCAGGGAAAGAAAGCGGCCGCCGCGUAUCGCCACCUGCAGGCCGUGGCUGAGGGAAACAUGGUCAGUGAGCAUCAGCGCAGUGCCGUCUGGGCCGCACUCCAGGUUCUCAAGGACAUCGGACUUGCGCCUGAGGGUACCCAGGCCCAGGACCCACCCCGCUCGCCCUCGCUCUCCCCGAAGCGCCAGAACCCUGCGGCACACGACACCGUCGACGCCGCUAGCUCUACAUCCGAGUCGGCCGAGUCUAAGAAGCGGCCACGGUACGAGAGUCCCUCCAAGCCCACCACCGAGCUCGCCGAGACGGCUGAAGCGAUGCAGGAGUAA